AUGACGACAUUUGGAAUCUUCAACGCAGUCGUCAUUGCUCUGAACGGCCUAAUAUUUCCGAUAAUACUCGGUUCGGUUUCGCCUGCGGUUCCCACUAAUCGAACUGAAUUAUCGUAUUAUCCAGAAAAUGAUAAAAUUGAAAUAGUGUACAGUGAGAAUUUCAUCGAAAAUACAACUGUCUAUUACGGCGCGUGCGAUAGACACAGCGAGACCACGCAGAAGAAGUGUAUUAUUCGUCGAGUACGUGCGAAUUUUUGGGGAGCCAGCCCAAAAGUGGACGAGUGCAACGUCACGCUGCACUCCGAGUCCGGUAACUUUAUCACUUCGCGUGACUACAGUAUCACUUCUUUGGGUAAAGAUCGAGCGAUCUUGAAAUGGUUGGAGAAACCCGGACAGAAAACGAACGUGACGUCCCACUUGCGUUUCAGCAUCGUCAAUUUUUCCGAUUGUACCGUCAAAACGACCAAACUUUCGGAAGAUCUUGAUCAACUUGAUAAAUGGAUUCCUAAUGAUUUAGUUUUUUAUGAGUCUCUCAGCGACAAUUAUAUCAAAGGAGAAGAUGAUUUUGAGGUUUUUUCAUUUGAUAAGAUGAGCGUUAAUAAAUCUUCGAUCAAUGCGGAAGGAAUUGCUUCGAAGGUCGGUAAGUGGCUCACUUACCCAACUUACUUAGGCCACCUAGCGACAAUCUUUCCAUUGUCAAAGGACCAGGGCUAUUUGCUGAUGGAAGUAUCCCAUUCCAUGGAAAGCUUGAUGACAGUAGCUCUUAUUCAGCCAAACGGUCAAAGACAGAAUUUAACUCAUAUCAAAAGUGUGAAUUAUCCCGUUGUCUCUUUGGACAAUGGAUUGAUCGGCAUAUGUGCCCAAGACAUGCUCAAAGAUACAACCAUGAAAUGCACCCAGUUCAAACUCGGGGAUAAAGAGAUCAACUGGUUUUCAGUCAGUAACGUCAAAAGGAAUGGAAGACGACCAGCCAUCUACAAUUUGCCGAUGGGCGAAGGAUUUCUGAUGAACAUAUUCACGUCUGAUAUUUAUUAUCCCAGCAUUGGAAAGUACCUCGUGAAAAUCGGUCUGGAUGGAAAAUUGAAGCAAUUCGUGGAUCCUAGUCCAAAGUGCAGUCAUAGUGAUUACAGUUCCGAUAAAAUUUUCAAAGACGAUCUGGGCAGGUAUUGCCUGAGCACUGCCUGCAUAGCAUGGACAGAAGAUCAAUACAAUUAUCUACGAUUCUUUUCGAAUUGCUUUGGGCUGGAAGCUUUUGAAAAUAUUUCGUAACAAGAAAAAAAGCAUAUGAUCCUUACAAGCACUAGUAAUAGAAUAAUAAAUUGAAGUUUAAGGGGGCUGUAGCGACUUAAGGUGCAUUUGCGUUGCACUGCGUCGCGGUACGUUGCGCGGCACACAAUACACAGCAGCGUCUGCUACAGCUAUAACAUGCUUAGAUGCAGAGCCUUACCGUUCGUGUCGUGUGACUCGGUACGGCUACGGAUUUUUAAAAAAUUCAUAACUUUUUUAUGUGCCUGUAAACACACAUUUUUUAUUAUAUCAUUCGAAAGCUAAUGAAAUUUCCCACAACAUAUAAUGAUUUCAUUAACUUGUAAAGUAAUUUGAGUUCACAGUUCACGAAAAACUGACACUUGUCAUAAUAUCUAAUGCUAAAAGGCCAAAAAUUUAAAUCUCAUUAUUUCCUACGUUUGAAUCCAUUCUUUUUUUUAAAUCUUAUCCGUAAUUUCUUAAACUAACAUUGGUUAAAAUUUUACUUCGAUAUAAAAUUUUUUUUGUUUUCGCUACAGCCUCCUUUAAUGAAAAGUUUGAUGAUAAUGAUGAAUAAAAUUUUAAUGAGAAAAUUAUAACACAGUGCGCAAUCGGGCGUGGCCCGAGUAAAUAACUUUUAAAUAAGUUUGAAUUCCGGCAAAGAAUUGUAUUCUUGAUGAUAAUAUAGAAGAACUUUUAUUAGCAACAACAGAAUUUCAAUAUC